UAGGAAGUGUGGAAUUUAUGCACUUAACAGACGUACUGGAUGGCGGCUCCUGAGGCAGAGUUGGUGUUGAAAUGGGAAAGGGAGCAGGCACGUCUUCGAGAAAGUGUGAAGGAGGAGGACACAGAGGAUUGGCAGAGGAGUCCAGACUUCAGCGGGCUGGAGAGAGUGGGAGGAGUAGAUCUUUCAUUCAUUAAAGGCGAUGACAUCAAUGCCUGCGCUCAUCUGGUGGUGCUCACGUACCCUCAUAUGAAGGUUCUGUAUGAAGAUUGUAAGAUGGUGACUCUUAAUACCCCUUAUGUGGCUGGUUUCCUGGGCUUCAGGGAAGCCCCACCUCUGCUACAGGCCCUGGAGAAACUGAAGAACGUACAGCCAAAUCUAAUGCCACAGGUGCUAUUUGUGGAUGGGAAUGGACUAUUCCACUAUCGGGAGUUUGGUUUGGCAUGUCAUCUUGGUGUUCUGUCAGAUCUGCCCUGUGUGGGUGUGGCCAAGAACCUUCUGCAUGUUGAGGGAGUGGUGAGAAGUGAGGAGCACCAGUCGCAGCUCAACGCUCUACAGAAGAGUGGGGAUAGUUUUCCACUGGCUACAGCCUCAGGGAGAGUUCUAGGGAAGGCUCUCCGCAGUUCCCAAAGCAGUAUCAAACCUGUGUAUGUUUCUGUGGGUCAUCGAAUCAGUCUGGAUACAGCAGUCAGACUCACACACACUUGCUGCCUCUACAGAGUACCUGAACCAAUACGACAGGCGGACAUCCGUUCAAGAGAAUACCUGCGUUGCCAUGUCCUGAUAUCUGACAUUACCUAGAUGAACAGAUGGGGUGAGAGGAGAGAAUGCUGUGAUGCUUACAUUGUAUUAACACUGGUAAUUUUUAUUAUUGAAUCCAAGAAUUUACCAUGCUAGUGGAUUUGUAGUAUACACAGACUUUUCUUUUUUUCUGGAACUAUAGUGUCUGAAAACAAAAGUAGGGCUGUGCUAUUCAGCUUCAUGUUCCACUGUCACCAGGAUCUGAUAUAAAUAAAAGAUUGUAAGAACAGCACACUUUACCAAGCAGAUCUAUCAAGUGAGUUUUGGGUACAUUAUGAAAAUAAUGUAGUGAAUGGAGGGGGAAAAAGUAAAAGAAAAGACAAAUUCAGAAGUUUUGCUAAUACACUUUUCCCCUUGAUAUUUGUAAUCACCAGGAUUCCUUUCUGUUUUACUGAAUUUAUUUCUUCAAUUCUGUCCUAUUUUAAUUUGUUGGAUAGCCUAUUCUGCACACUGCUGCAUUUAGUUCCAAUUUGCAUAUAAAUUACUUUUUACAUUGUACAUGUCCACUGUAAAU